GUUAUUUUAAUACAUGAAAUUAUAUAAUGUGUGUAUUUUUUUAUUUUAAAUUCAAUAGUUCUCAGAAAUUUAUCAAACGAAGUACAAUUUUACACAUCACAUAAUAAUAUCGCAGUAUAUUUUAAUAAAAUGAAUUCAAUAACUAUUGUCAUGAUUUUUUUAGGUUAUUGUUUUGCAGAAAAUUCUUCUGAAACCAGUUCUUCCGAAAACGAAGUCAAUGAGACUGAUUAUAAACAAUUUUCAUAUAUAACUUCCAAAGAAGCACGAGAGUGUCAAGAAAUAAUGAAUAAUAUUAAAUAUACCACCAGUAAAGAAAAUUUCAUAACACUGUUACAAUCACAUUCAUCAAUUAAUAAUAAAUUAAAAAGAAAGGUUAUAAAUAAAAUUAAUCAGGAGCAAAAUUGUAUGAAAUUUGGAACUAAACAAAUGUUUGAAUUUUUAAAUCUUCAUAAAGAACCUUCUUGUUUAGAAAAGUGUUUUCCGUGUUUAAUUUCAAAACAAAAUAUAAAUUAAAUAAUAUUUUUAUGACAGCAUGUAACUCAAAGACAACAACAUGGAUUAUUAUAGAUCAGAAAUAAUGUUUAUUUGUUAUGAUUAUAUUAAAAGAUUAAACAUUACAUAACUGAACUAAAUAUGAAAUAUUGUAAUAAUAAAAAAUGUGAAUUUAAGUUUUGUAUAAAACAAAUUUUUAUUUUUAAAUAAACAAAUUUACUAUUA